UCCGGACGCAGAGGGAACGCUGUCGCUGAGGCUCGGCUUACACACAGGGGACAGCAGCCCGGCCGCGGGUCAUCGGCGUCGGGGCCACGCCGCAGGGGAGAGGCGAGUUUCGCUUCAGGAGACCCCAAGGCGCUGGCUGGAUCUGCAUCCCGAAAUAGUGAAGAUAGAAGAAACUACAGAAAAGAAUCAUGUCCGAGCACAGCAGGAAUUCAGAUCCAGAAGAACUCUCUGAUGAAGAGAUUGAUGAAGAUAAAAUCUUGGCCAACUUGUCCCCGGAAGAGCUGUUAGAGCUGCAAUCGGAAAUCGAAGUCAUGGCCCCGGACCCCAGGCUUCCCGUGGGAAUGAUUCAGAAAGAUCAAACCGACAAGCCCCCCACGGGCACCUUCGACCACAAGUCGCUGGUGGAUUACAUGUACUGGCAGAAGGCGUCCCGGCGCCUGCUGGAGGACGAGCGCGUCCCCGUCACCUUCGCGCCCUCCCAGGAAAACACUAAAGAGCAGCAGGAAGAAAUGGACAAAGGUAAUAAAAAAGUGGCCCAGUAUUUAAGGGAAAACCUCAAUAAUGAAAUCGCUGCAAGUAAAAGAGACUCAAAGGGCAGCAACAAUGUCCAAGAAAGAGAUAAUGAGGAUAACAAUGAUGAUGAGGAUGAGGAGGAGGAUGAAGAGGAGGAGGAGGAGGAAGACGAUGAUGACGAAGAUGAGGAUGAUGAAGAUGAUGAAGGAGAAGAUGAGAGUGAAGGGAGUGAUGAAGAAACAAAAAGAGAAGAGAAAGGCAAAAUAAAGGAGCCAAUCAGAAAUGGCGAGAGCAGCUGCCAACAGAAAACUAACAAAGCCUUUGAAGAACAGAAAGACAGACCACAGGCCCAAGAAAAAAGUGAGAAAAAAGUAUCAAAAUUAGACCCUAAAAAGUUAGCUCUAGACACCAGUUUUUUGAAGGUAAGUGCAAGGCCCUCAGGAAACCAAACCGACCUAGAUAUUAGCUUGAGGCGAGUUAGACAAAACGAUCCUGACAUGAAGGAGCUCAACCUGAACAACAUUGAAAACAUCCCCAAAGAAAUGUUACUGGACUUUGUCAGCGCGAUGAGGAAAAACAAGCACGUCAAGACCUUCAGCUUAGCCAACGUGGGCGCGGACGAGAGCGUGGCCUUCGCCUUGGCCAACAUGCUGCGCGAAAACAGGAGCAUCGCCACGCUCAACAUCGAGUCCAACUUCAUCACAGGCAAAGGGAUCGUGGCCAUCGUGAGGUGUCUCCAGUUUAAUGAGACGCUCACCGAGUUGCGGUUCCACAAUCAGAGGCACAUGCUGGGCCACCAGGCCGAGAUGGAAAUAUCCAGGCUUUUGAAGGCAAACAGCACGCUCCUGAAGAUGGGCUACCACUUUGAGCUCCCGGGCCCCAGGAUGGUGGUGACCAACCUGCUCACCAGAAACCAGGACAAGCAAAGGCAGAAACGGCAAGAAGAGCAAAAGCAGCAACAGCUCAAAGAGCAGAGGCGGUUAAUAGCCAUGCUGGAGAACGGGUUGGGGCUGCCACCAGGGAUGUGGGAGAUGCUGGGAGGACCGAUGCCGGAUUCCAGUUUGCAGGAGCUCCUCCAGCCUCCUCCCCGUCCUCCCAACCCCCCAGCCGUCCCCUUCGGUCGACGCAAUGAAGUGAUGAAGAAGCCAUCGCAGUCCCCUCCAUGCAGGACGGACGCUGACUCCUUCCGGGGCGUGAAGCUCAAGAGGACCCAGCGCAAAUCCCGGAUGCCAGAAGCCAGAGAAAGCGCCGAGAAAACCAACCUCAAAGAUGUGAUCAAAACACUGAAACCAGUGCCCAAAAAUAGGCCACCGCCGCUGGUGGAAAUCACUCCCAGAGACCAGCUCUUGAAUGACAUUCGUCACAGCAGCGUCGCCUACCUUAAACCUGUGCAACUGCCAAAAGAACUGGAGUAAGAGGCCACAGCCUAACCUAGAAGAACAGGAAUUGGAAUAAGGACUUGGACUGGAGCUUGAGGCGGUAUCAGCAGCGUGGCUCUGGAUCCAGGUGGAAUGGGAACAACGCUAACGUCUGAUGGAAGAAUUUUAUAAAAGGCCAAAUGCGUGGCACAUGGCAGUAUGUGGCUGACAAGGAAGAGGAAGGAGACUAAGUAGUGAUAUUCAGGGGCAACAUUUUCUACCUGCCAUCAGUUUGAGUAACUAUGGUGAAAUUUAGUCAUGCUCCCGGCACAAAAGUUAAAAAACAAAACAUUUUUUGUAAACAUUCGCUUUACUGUUGCUUUCUUCUGCUAAGUAACAAUAAAUACUAUAGAAGUGUUA